GGCACGUCUCUACAGACGCGUUAUUGGUGCAUAGUCAAAGCGCGUGUUGUGUUUAAAUGUGAGAGAAUUGGCGCUUUACACUCUCGGAAAGGAUGAUGGACUGUGUACUUAGAGCUUAUUCUACAUCUUCCCUGCAGUAAAAGCUUUUGUUUUCCUCGUGCCGCAGGGGUAGAGGCGCAGCACUGCAGCCAUGUCCAUUGGGGUGCCCAUCAAGGUCCUGCACGAGGCCGAGGGCCACAUCGUCACCUGUGAGACCAACACGGGAGAAGUUUAUCGAGGCAAACUUAUCGAAGCUGAAGACAACAUGAAUUGUCAGAUGUCCAACAUAACAGUGACAUACAGAGAUGGACGGGUGGCACAGCUCGAGCAGGUGUACAUCAGGGGCAGCAAGAUACGAUUUCUCAUCUUACCAGACAUGUUGAAGAAUGCUCCUAUGCUAAAGAGCAUGAAGAAUAAAAACCAGGGGUCUGGAGCUGGGCGAGGGAAAGCGGCUAUUCUCAAAGCUCAAGUGGCUGCAAGAGGAAGAGGCCGUGGUAUGGGCCGUGGCAACAUCUUCCAGAAGCGAAGAUAAUUUUGGUCUUGGCCGAAUUGCUUUUUCUAUUAGGGGUGUUAACAUGACUAUGUGUGUGUUGGGAUCAGUUUUGUUUAAUAAAUGUUUCUGACA